UUUCAACACUACUAUAUAACAAAUAAUUUGAGAGUCCUAGUAUGUCAGCGACAACAUACGCUAACAAAAACGCGACAUGCGUUUCCAUGACAUCUACUAGUGGGGACUAUAAGACUGGAAAUGGACCUACCGGAACUUACCUAACGAAGACAGGCACAACAUUUGCCCCAAAUGAUUGGCACAACUCCAACUCUAUUAUUUCAUCUACAGCUACCCGACAGCAAGGUGGCUCUCUGGAAAUAAGACAAGCUGCAAGACAACUGAGAAAUGAUACGGAUAACAAGACCAACUGGGGUCAGAACGACAAUACCACAAGGUUGUACGAUAGAAUGAGUGAUAUUACCGCAUGGAAGGAUAAGUUAGAACAGACUAUUGCUGAUACUAACGCUGAAAUAGCGGCUCUGACCACCCACAAGGAGAGAACUGAGACGGCCCUCACGAAUAUGAACACUCCAUUUGAGGUAGUGCACGACAACCUUGCAACUAGGUCUAUUAGAGUAUCUAUCGACCUUGUCGAUGACGAAGUGAACCAAGAGCUGAACAAGGAGGUUGAAGUUAUUAAUGGUAUCAAAGAGAAACUGCAGCAAAAGGUCAAUGAAGCUUUCCAGCAACUCUGUGCCCUGCAAGAUGCGUACAAUGCAAUGUGUGACGAUCUGGCUGACAAGAUGCACUGUCUUGACGUGGACCAGGCGUGCCACAGUCUCACAAACCAGUCCGCUAACAUUGGCUUCCACGCGGGCGCCAACUGCAUCAAGGAGGGUAUCGUGAUGCCUGAUGCUUGGGACGGUCACAGCAACUACAACACCCAACGUGCUGUAGCGGAAAUGAAAGCUUCCACCGCACUUCGUGAGGCUAUUAAUAACAUGAUUGAGCAGACUUCUAACGAUCUGGAGGCUCAGCGUUUGAGGACUGAGUACGCUUUCAGGAAACGUAUCCAUGAGGUACAGAUGGCAAAAGACGAGCUUGAGUGGCAACAGAGGAACACCAAACGUGAGAUUGACGUUUUGAGUGACGACAUCAGAGGGCUUAAACAGGCCAUCACCGACAAAGAUAAACCCCUUGAGGUUGCAGAGACCCGAUCUGAGAACCGAACGUACAGGCCGAGGGUUGAGCUGUGCAGGGACGAACCUCAUGAUGGUAUCAUAGCUGAAAGAAACGAUCUGCUCAACACUGUCUCCACUCUUAUUGAUCAACACAACAUUGCUGAGGAUGCUCACACUCAGUUGAAGCAAACUCUCAACCGUCUGGACGAGGAUUGGUCCAUCAAGUCAAACUCUCUUGAACUGGAGGAAAGGUGCAUGACCAAACGUCAGAAACUACUGCUGGUGUCCCACAAUGUCUAAACUUGAUCUACAAUUCACUGCGUGUUGGACUAGAACUUGUAAUUUUAGCUUUUAUAUUCAACGAAGAAGUAUAUCUUGAUGUAAAGACUUUAUUAUAUUGUCUAUUAUAUAAUGAAUACACACUAGGAGUCAAAAUUUCGAGGACAUUUUUUUUUCGAGGAAAUUUGGAAGAAUUUCCUGUCGAUGGGUCGGAAGAAUUCUGAUAAAUUUCCGAUACCGCCAUCAGGUUUUCAUAAGGGCGGCACAAAUGGCAUCGCAACUGCUUAACGCCAAUCGCUCUAUGGAACCGGUUCCAUUGCAUUGGUAGCAAUUUGCAAUUUCAUAACUGCUGCUGAAACCCGAGUGGAAACAUUGGUGCCAAACAGCCAGUGCGGUGAUUGUUCGGAUCUCCUAUGACCAAUCUACAAAUUUAUAAUUUUCCAACUGUGUUGUGAGUUAAUAAUAGUGGUUCAUCUUUACUCUGAAUCACAGCUGUAACUUUUCAAUAAUAAUUUACCACUUUAUUUUUUUCCGUGGCUGGUGAAACCAUGUUAAAAUGUAAAACUUGUAAAAAGUGUAUGAUAGAUGUAUGUUUAGAAGAAAAAGUCACCGUUCUUACUA